CUCCGCCGGGACAUCUGUGAGGCGGCUGGGUUGGCCGAGAAGUUUCGAAGCGAGGUUUCAGUGGCAGUGGAGCUGGUGGAAACCGGGGUCCUGUGCCUUACGUCGCCGCUGGCCCCCUCAACGCCCCCACAGUUCCGCAGCCGGGAGGAGGCUGGAGGUCGCCGGGCCCGACCAAGGCAGCAAUGAAGCCGUGCCGAGAAGACGAGGCGGCGGCGGCGGCCGCGGGGGACCCCUGGAAGGAGUGUUUUGAGGUGGCCGUGCAGCUGGCGCUCCGGGCAGGACAGAUCAUCAGAAAAGCCCUUACCGAGGAAAAAUGUGUCUCAACAAAAACAUCGGCUGCAGACCUUGUGACAGAAACGGAUCACCUUGUGGAAGAUUUAAUUAUUUCUGAGCUGCAAACGCGGUUUCCUUCUCACAGGUUCAUUGCGGAAGAGUCUGCUGCUUCCGGAGCAAAGUGUGUGCUCACCGCCAGCCCCACCUGGAUCAUUGACCCCAUUGAUGGGACCUGUAACUUUGUGCACAGAUUUCCAACCGUGGCCGUCAGCAUCGGGUUUGCUGUGAACCAAGAGCUGGAAUUUGGAGUCAUCUAUCACUGCACGGAAGAGCGGCUGUACACAGGCCGGUGCGGCCGGGGCGCCUUCUGUAACGGCCAGCGGCUCCAGGCCUCCAGGGAGACAGAUCUCUCAAAGGCCUUAGUUUUAACAGAAAUCGGUCCCAAACGUGACCCUGCCACCCUGAAAUUGUUCCUGAGUAACAUGGAGAGGUUACUCCACGCCAAAGCUCAUGGGGUCCGUGUGAUCGGAAGCUCCACCUUGGCCCUGUGCCACCUGGCCGCGGGUGCCGCCGAUGCCUACUACCAGUUUGGCCUGCACUGCUGGGACCUGGCUGCCGCCACAGUCAUCAUUCGUGAAGCCGGCGGGAUCGUGAUGGACACUUCGGGUGGGCCUCUUGAUCUCAUGUCUUGCAGAGUGGUUGCUGCGGGCACCCAGGAAAUGGCAGUGCUCAUAGCUCAGGCCUUACAAACUAUUAACUAUGGACGGGACGAUGGGAAAUGAAAAGGAGCAGAUGACAGAAAGAGAAACGCUGACCCAAGGAAGAGCCGGCCUGUCUGGAAUACUGGGACUCGAGAUGGAUCCUCUCCUUUAACCGCUUGUUCUCAGCAUCAGAUGUCUGAUGUGUUCCUGCUGCCCCAAAGGGAGAUGCUUUGCUAAAGCAUGUGGCUUCUUUGUAAUCUAUGGAUUGGGUGUGUAGCUGGUUUCUCUCUGUAAUCAGGUCGAUACACGUUCUUCUGUUGGGGCCAAAACCCAGCUCUCCUAUGGCAUCGUAUUUAUAAUUCAGUCUUGGUAUUUUUUUCUGGAAUGCAAAUCUCAGGUAAUAAGGCUUUAGAACAGUUAAUAAAGUGGGUUCGUUCUCAGGCCUGCCCCCAUGAUGCUUCAGAAGGCAAUAAAUCAAAGUAGCUGAUCCGUGUCCCUACCGUGCCUGUGUUGCCCCACCAGCCUGCAGGGUCCAUGGUUAGGUUCACUAGGAAGGUUUGCGUAUUUAACCCAGGGUGACAGUGUUCCUUCCUCUUUAGCUCAUGCCUUCGAUAGGCACUGUGAAAGCUACUUCAGUGAUUAACAUACUAGUAUCCAAAUUCAGCGUAUGGGACAGACUACAGAAAACCGAACAGCUCAGAAACGGACCUCUGAGUGCCAGUGUUUUUGUGGUCAGCUCACGAGGAGAAAUUCUAAUCAGUAUGAACUGACUUGCCAGGUAUCUUUUCUAAAGUUUUGAAUCGGGAAAGUCAGUCUUAAGACAGAGAGGAAAUUCCAACUUAUUUCCAAACUCUUCUCUCAUAUUCCUGACUUUUCAUUCCUAAUUUCAUAUCAUCAACAACAAAUUCGGAAUAUUUGAAAGUGUCCCUAUAUUGGCUGUCUCUGGCCUCGGUGUUCCCCCUGGGCGGCUUUGAGAACCAGGGUCACUUGUGAGCCCAGCUGUGAGCCUUGGCACCAAGCUUAGUGCAUGUCGAGAAUAGCUUUUGAAACAGGUGCUUGAUAAACAAGAGCCUCUGCCCUCUGGGGAUAUUUGACCAGCUGAGGUUGGUGGAUGUCCCAGUGGACUAGCACCCACUCCUUCUCAGGCUUCAUCUGCUUAUCUACCACACAGGACCCUGACCUGCCUGAGACAGCUUUGAAUUGGGCCACAUUCUGCCUGGUGAGGAGUGACUUGCUGGGGGUACCACUGGUGCCAUUAGUGCCUUAAACUUUUCAAGGAGCCUAGAAGGUUCUUUCCAAGCGCCUACCUUGCUCUGUGGGAGCGGUUUCAUGUGUUACUGUUUCUGGAGCCUCUGGAGCCACAGGCAGAGAAGACAUCAUCGUCAUACUCAGUUUAUAGUUCAAGAGUGGAAAACACCAGGACACUUAUAGCUGGUAUUUUAGUCAUUCUUCCAGCAAAAUGGUUAUAUAUACAUUGUGUGUGUGUACUAUGUUCAAAUUCAUUUUGGACAAUGAAAAUAUGUAAGCACUUAGCUAAGGUUUUCUGAAUGAGGUGA